CACACAACACACAUGAAAUGAAUUAUCUCCCUCUUUCUUCCUAGAGAGAGAAACAUAGUAAUAAACAGAAACAGUUUUAGAGAGGGAAAGUCAUGGAAGAAAUGAACGGCGACCACAUGCACGGCAUGACCGGUGAUCCCUACAUGCACCGCGGCCGCAAAAUGAUGAUGAUGCACAUGACCUUCUUCUGGGGCACGGAUUCCGAGAUCCUCUUCUCGGGUUGGCCCGGAUCCCACUCGGGCAUGUACGCCUUGGCUCUGCUUCUCGUCCUCUUCCUCGCCCUCCUCGUCGAGUGGCUCUCUCACUGCAGACUCCUCGCAGGGGACCGGGACGGGUCGAACCGAGUUGCGGCCGGGCUGACCCGGACACUGGUUCACGUAUUGCGGGUCGGGCUGGCGUAUAUGGUGAUGCUGGCGGUGAUGUCGUUUAACGUUGGGGUGUUCCUGGCUGCUGUAGGUGGGCACGCUUUGGGGUUCUUUUUGUUUGGGAGUAGGGUUUUGAAGAAGCCAUCACAGCCGUCGGAUUCUGGGAAGACCUCGGAUGUUCCGACGAUGAGUUGCUGAUGAUGAUGAUUGGAUGAAGAUGUGAGUGAGUUGUGUUUUUUUUGUGGUUUUUAGUUUCAAAUGUUGUAAUAAUUUUUGCUGCAAUUAGGGCUAGGGUGUGUGGUCGUGGAUGUGUGUUUAGGAUCAUGCUAUGAAAGUGGUUAAAAUUAUGGAUUUAUUAAUAAUAUAUAUAUAUUUUUGUGGUUG